GACUUUGCCGUUCGUUCGCCAUAUUAAUUUUACUCGUUGGCUUGUUUCGAGUACGAUUACGUUACAAAAAAAGAUAAUAGUUUAAUAUUUACAGUAAAAUUUCUUUUUAUAACUAAGAAAGUAAAAAACAUUAGAAUUGAGGAUAAUAGCACACAUUUGCUUUAUAUUAGGAUCGCAUUGAACCCAAAAUUUGAAAAUGUCGGCUCACGAGCAAAUGAGGGCAAUGUUGGAUCAAUUGAUGGGUACGGCUCGUAAUGGCGAAACCGACAAACAUGGGGUUAAAUUUUACGACGAUUCAGUAUGCAAAUCAUUUUUACUGCAAUGCUGUCCUCAUGAAAUAUUGUCUUCGACGCGAAUGGAUUUAGGUGAGUGUCCUAAAAUACAUGAUCUGGCGCUUCGUGCGGACUUUGAGUUAGCAUCGAAAACCAAAGACUAUUUCUACGACAUUGAUGCUACGGAGCAUUUAGAAGCGUUUAUCGCGGACUGUGACAAGCGCACUGCAGCUGCUAAACAGCGGCUGGCUGAGACUCAGGAGGAGCUUUCUGCUGAAGUGACUGAGAAGGCGAAUGCGGUGCACGAGCUCGCAGAGCAGAUUGGACAGAAGCUCGCCCGAGCGGAAGCACUCGGCGAGGAGGGUAUGGUCGAAGAGAGUGUCAAACUUAUGGGAGAGAUCGAUGAGUUGCGCAAGAAGAAGGCUGUGGCGGAGCAGGAGUACCGUAACUCUAUGCCGGCGAGCUCGUACCAGCAACAGAAACUGCGCGUGUGCGAAGUGUGCUCCGCCUAUCUCGGCAUACAUGACAACGACCGCCGCCUUGCGGACCAUUUCGGCGGCAAACUCCAUCUCGGAUUUAUAACUAUACGCGAGAAACUUGCCGACCUCAAGAAAUUAGUGGAGAAGCGACGCGAGGAGCGCGGGGCGUCGGAGCGCGAGCGCGGUGGGGGCCGGCGGCACUACGUGGGCGGACGGGAACUGGAUCGCCGCGCGCGCAGGCACCGCGAGUCCGCACGGGAUCGCGACCGUGACCGCGAGCGCAAAGAUGCGGACCGCAAGGAAGCAGACCGCAAGGAAGCCGACCGUAAAGACGCAGACCGUAAGGACUCCGACCGCGAACGAGAACGGGACCGCAAUAAGGACCGCGAGCGCGACUACGAACGUGAACGCAGACGUAGCCGCAGCCGGUCCCGCAGCAGAAGCAAGCGUGAUGGGUCUCGGGAGCGGCGCGGCGAGCGGGGUGAGCGUGGGGAGAGGCGCAGCAAGUCUCACCGCCGUUCCUCCUCACGCGACCGCCGGCGGGAAUAACACAUCCCCCCACGUGCCCCUCACGACGACCACACGCACAAGCGCACCGAAAUUGCUACGAUGACACCAAACUCCAGUACUCACCACGAUUUUGUCUCAAAAAUGAAUACCUUUUACAGAAGAGUUCGCGUACAAGCAAACAAAAUUCUUCAGUCGCAUUUGAAAAAAUAGUGCGCGUUAUGAUUAAUAGUUUUAACACCAAAAUUGAACGUUAAAUAAUUUUGCAUGAACAUAACAGGACGGACUAAAUAUCAUCAUGGACAAAACUAAACCUUUGGUACUGAUAAAAAUAUGGUAUAUGAAACGAUUUUUAGCAUAAAAAAAAAACUAUUUGUUAAAAAUUACAUUUUUUAUAGGUUUCUAUGAAGAACCGGAGAUAGCUAACAUUAAUUGCGCGAUAAGUAGACAAUAAUCCUCCACUGAACGUCGAUACAACGCUGUGGAUUGUAAUAUUUGUUGACUAGCGACAUCUAGUGGUAUAGUCAAAACUGAAUAUGAUUAGUGUAAGAGGCGAGUAGAUUUUGAUAUCGUACUAUAGUGAAAAAAAAAAACAAAAAAAUCUAUAUUAAGGACGUAAUUAGACAUUUUUUAAUCAAUGCGAUUAAAAUACGAUUUUCGGUUAUUAAAAUGACUUUAAUUGACUUGUAUUAGUAACAUACAUUGCGUCUGCAGUGAUUGACAAUCUUGCUGUUGUAAUUUUCUUUAUAAAAUUUCGGUAUUUUGUAUAUUUUAACAUUAAUCUUUUGUAAGAAACUAAAAUCUUUAGUUAUGUUUUUAGAUGUUUUGAACUUAUGUUACAGAAAAA